AUGCGAGAACAGAAAUCUGUUGCCAUAAUCGGCGCCGGCAUAUUUGGCCUUUCGUUGGCUGUUGCAUUGCGAGACAAGGGCCACAAGGUUACUGUCUUUGACCGCGCCCAGUACGACGCGAAUGGAUACGACCCCGCGGCCGACGACGUCCAGGCCGCUUCUGUCGAUCAUAACAAGAUCUUUCGCGCCUCGUAUGGAACAAAGCUGCACUACCAGCGGCUGGCCAUGGAGAGCCGCGACGCCUGGAUCCUUGAAGAUGAGAAAAGAGGAUUCACCGAGCAAGAUGGUCGCUGGGAUGAUCGCAGGCUGUUCUCAUCUAGCGGGAUGCUGCGAGUCCAGCCAUCGGACUGUCUUGGUGCGCUGGAAAGAGAGACGCUGGCUAAUAUGGAACGCGAUGGUCUUCGGGACACGCAGUUUGUCAAGAGUAACGCGGAGGAUCGUCAUCGUGCUGCAGAGCUUGGUUGGGAUGACAAACUGCUUGACUUUGAGAUUCCAGACACUUCGCCUUCAGUGAAUUAUGAAACAGUUCUUGAUUCUCUAGCUGGCUUUGUGAGGUGUAGCAGUGCCUGCGCUUACUAUAAAAGGUUAGCUGUCGCCAAGGGGGUAGAAUUCUAUUUCGGUAUUGAAGGCGCGGUUGAAACGCUUGUGAAGGCGAAACAUGGCUCUGACUGUGAAAGGGAAAAGGUUACAGGAGUGAAGACAAACGCCGGUAAAGUGUACAAUGCAGAUGUGGUUGUUGUUGCCGCCGGAUCCUUCUCAACCCAGAUUCUUCCCGACUUGAGCUACCAUCUAGAGUCCUCCGCAGGAAGCAUUGCCGCCUUCAAGAUCGACCCAGCCGACAAAGGCCUGUGGGACAAAUAUUCCCCCGAGCGAUUUCCCGUCAUGACGUGGAAGAGCGUCCCCCGGGAUAGGUCUGGGAAAGACACAGGCAGCAUCUAUGUUUUACCACGAACCCCAGAGGGGUUGAUAAAGAUUGGCUAUCGUGGAAUCAAAUUCACAAACUUCCAGCCCGCCCCUGCAAGCACACCCUUCACACAAGACGGUCAAUGGUCAGUGCCUCUUCUUCCGGAAGAGUGCUCGAAGCUUCAUGAGUCUGCGGUAUACGCCAUCAACCAGUUUGUUUCAAUCUUCCUGCCGGAAUUCCACGGUGUCCCGUUCGAAUUCACCAAGCUUUGCUGGUAUACCGACUCUUUGGAUAAUUCUUUUGUCAUCGAUUACGUACCAGACUAUGCAGACAACUCCGUGUUUGUUUGUACUGGAGGAAGCGGUCACGGCGCAAAGUUCCUCCCUAUUCUUGGCCAGCCACAGCAUGCGGCGGAUAUUCUUGAACAUGGUGAUGAGAGCACUUCGUACAUGCGCCCAUUUUGGCGUUGGAGACCAGAUGUUCCCCGGCGGAAUGGCCUUGAGGAAGGGCCCGAUGGACCGCGAAAUCUCAAACGGGGUUGA